UUUUUUUGUCGCGCGUAGACUUCUUGAUCUUUUCAUUCUACUGGGCGUGUAAAUAGGAGAUAUGGAUGAGUAUAUAUGAGACGAUGUACAUAGAGUUGAGCAUACUAUAUAAAAAGACUUGUUAUUUUGAAUUACUAAUCAGUCAACGAGUCAUUUCAGUCGAGUCUGUCGUGUUGUGUCGUGAGUGCAGUCACACAGUGUUUAGAAUCGUUCCCAAAUGUGUAUUUGUUGAGUUGCUUGUCGCCAACAUUAUUCAGUUGAACAGUUGGAGUCGUCCAGUUGAGAACGGUCAAUUAAGCAAUUGAGUGUUCGGGGUAUAAGUAAUAUAGCAAUCCCCUAGGAAAGAAUCAGUGAAAGUGUCUAAACAAUUGCACAUCAGUGUUUUGUCCCACUUUGGAUCCAUCGGGCGUUUAAUUAAGAGAAAAAGUGAUUUUGCAAGAGUCACAAAAUGAGUCAAACGGGAGAUAGUUCAACAACAACAACCACUGUAACCACAUCCCCAAAUGGUACAGCGAAACAUCAUCAAGACUCUGAUACAUCAUCAGAGACAGAAAGUGCAAUGGCCAUGAAUGAGAAUCAGAGUCUUCUGCCACAUUUGGAAUCAUUUGAUCGCAUGAUGAAACUUCCGGUUGUUGAAGCCGCAUGGAACCAAAGUCAAGAUGUCUAUGGAAAGGUUAAAGGUUCAAAUGCAAUGUUCAACUGGGCUUUCAACACUGCCGAGGACGCACUCCAUGGAGCCAUUCAUUUUACUGCACCUUUCGUGCAAAAAUUCGAACGUCCAAUCCAUCUUGUGGAUCAGACACUUGUCCGAGGCAUUGAUAAGUUGGAAGUGAAGGCACCAAUCAUCAAAGAACCACCUCAGGAAAUUUACAAUCAGGCCAAGUCAAAGGUGAUCGAACGGGUUCAGCCACAUAUCAAUAAAGUUUGCUCACUGAGGAGUGCAGGACAACAAAAGGCAGCAUCUCUCAAGGAACUGUCCUGGGCUAAAGCCAAUGAGGUUUUAGCGACACAGUAUGGAAGCAUGGCAGUGUCAGGAGUUGAUACGACUGCUACAUUGGCUGAACGUCUUCUCGACUAUUACUUCCCAAGGGCGGAAACAGACAUUGAAGACGAUAACGCUCCAAUUUCGGCAACAGAGGAUCCAGUCCUGCAUACAGUCCAGACAGUUGGUCGUCUGUCCAAUAAAAUUGCUAGAAGAGUUUACCGCACUGUGUCGAGGCAGGUGAAGAUGCUGAAGAAGGAAGAUGUCCAUGAAUAUGUUGCGUCACUUAUUGCCGUUCUCCGCCUAACGCAGUAUUUGAACUUUAUCAAUGAGAAGAUGACAUCGAUACAGCAUACGGCGAGCACGAGCAAGGCCAGCAAUGGGCAACCAGCUAUGAUAAAAGAUAAGGAAUAGGAGGAGAUGCUAUUAAUACUUUUUUUCUUAAAAACCCAUCAAAUAGUCACAAGUCACCUUCAAAUGCGAAUGACAUCACAUAAAAUUAAAAUAAUCUUGUCUGACAAACGUGAUCUUUCCUCAAAACAGUAAAUAAGUAUGAUUUACAAUUAUACCAAUGAGUUAGGGGGUAUUCCAUUAGUGUAGUUAACUCUAGAAAUAUAUUAGCACUUAAGAAGACUCUUUUUCUAUUUUGUUACAAUUUAGUAUCAAAAUCGUCAUAGUUCCUAAGGUCAUUUGAAAAAUGUUGUUGUGAAAGCAUUUUUUUUGUAAGUUAAUUAUUAUGGAAAAAAUAAAAAUGAGAUAAGCAAA